AUGGAAAAGCUGGCAUUUAUUCUGUCUCCUGCAGCCUAUGAGGAGGUCCUUUGCCUGGCCAAAGCAGGAGGAUGCCGUUACCUCCGGGCAUUCGUCGAAGACUUUGAGGGUACCAACAGGGACUCAGAGGGCUACUCCUGCAAUUCCUAUGGUCAGGCUCAUAUUACCUUGGCCACUGCUGGGGCAGUCAACUCCCCUGGCAAAUUUCCCAAAGUGUCUGGUGGGCACGAAAAUCAUGCAACUGAGAUGGAGAAUCCGAAUGCUGUCGCCGAUUGCGCAGCUCGAGUGGGCCGCCUUGUUAUUCGACUUCCAGCGAGGACACCUGCCAGCUCAAGAGCAUCAUCUGUGACGCUCAUUGACUCAGAACAGGUGGUCAGCAACACUGGCAGCUCUGGGGACGGCAACCUCGGUGGUUCAGACGCCGGCCCAAAUGGCAGUGAUAUCGGUGUUCAGAACGGCAGUUCAGGCGGUGGUGAUGUAGGCGGUCAGAGUGGUGGGCGGGUUGGUCAGAGCGGUGCUCGGGGUGGUCGGGUUGGACUGGGUGGUAGCGCUGCACGACGCAGGCGUCGUAGGCCAUGCCAACGGCAAUCAAACCCAACCGCCACUCAGAGAGCUAACGCCAGGGCUUCGAAGCGCCGUAGGGUUGUCCCAGACGAUGAAGAGGCGUUUGAGCCAUCUGAAGAAGAAGACUCAGGUGAAGAAGAUGAUGCGGGAGUGCAGAACGGUGGUAACGGAUCCUGGAAUGUGACUCAACCACACGUCAGCUCAUCAGAUGUCGCCGAAAUCAUGGGAAUACUCACCCAGCUCGAUCGCUUCAAUGAUCCUGUCCAACAACACUCUCUUCCAGAUCUCCUCAGGUCCCUAUGUGACCCAGAUUCGUUUGGGAACUGUCAUAUGGCCAAGCUGUCCGCUGAUAGGAACCUCCUCCAACUUGCCUUCAUGGCUUGGCAUCUCAGCCAGCGCAACCGUUCCUUGAACUUCUUCUCUAUGCUUACCAACAUGAGGCUAUAUGCCCGUGCAGCUACACUAGCGCCUGGUAAGAAAAAACUGAAUAUCAGUCCCGUCCCUCGUAGGUUCCACUAUUGGAUCCAGGAGGGGUCCUAUCUAGUGGAGCUUGUCAAAGCAGGAGGGCUCGGCGUGGUAGUUAUGCUUGCAGCCUUAGAAAUGCGAACACGUCUGCGAUAUACCUCGGCCAAUGUGAUCUCUGAGGUCGCUCAGUGUAUCAUUGAUCCCCAAGAUGAUACGGCAGGGAAACUUGUGAAGACCUCCAUUAUCCCUGCUCUGACGAAAAUACGUCAAAUGAUCUGCUUCCACGUAGAAAUGGGCAAGAUGGAGAGUGAAGUCAAGUACCUUUGCUCGCAUGAUUUGGAGGCUAUCAAUGAGCAUCUCAGUUCUCUUCCUCAAAGGUCAUCCCAUUGGGAGUUUUGGCAGUCUUCAUGCCCAGUUACGGUGUUCGACCGUGCAUUUAUUGCCCAUUCACCAUAUCCUCUGGAUACUAUCCCUAUUCAAGAGGUACCAGUCCCUUUGGAUAGUCCUCUUGAAGGAAUGGAUCGCAAGCAAAAGCAAGAAUGGACCGAUACUCAUCGGGAGAAAGCGAAGUACCGAGAGUUAUUCAUGUCCAUCGAUAAUUUUGUGGAGCAAUAUGAAUCUCUGAGUGAGGCUCCAGAGAAUUACUGGGAGCUCCCCCAGUUGUCUCCUAUAGAGUCAAUGCCUGAGUUGGUCGACCAGUCUGCCCUCAGGCUUCUCGCUACAUGGCCUGAGCUGGCUGAUGGCAACUCUGAGGUACCUGACUUUAGCUUUGGGGCUGCGCAUUUCAUGACGUUCAAUCGCUUUAAUCAACAAGGUGAUAAUGCGCCAAAAGAUGUUCACCCAACCCUGCUUCAGUCAAAGACCUCUUUAGGUCCAGGCGCAUCUUCCUGA